GGAAGAUGGAUCUGAUGAUGGCUUUGAAGAGAGUCUGUCGGGUUUUGCUGUUUGUCACGCAGAUGUAUGUGUUCUCCGGCCGCGGUUCCUUGAGCUUUGAGUACUCCCAGCCAGUAGCUCAACCCCUAAAAGACACUUUUCCAUCUUCUACAACUGCAACAAGUAUCAAAGCAACAACCACAAAGAUGCCAGAAUAUAUGGAAAUAUGCCCAAGCAAUGGACAAUGCAGCAGGCUGGCUUCAGAUUGUAUGACCUGCGCUACAAACUACUCCUGCAUUUAUGGAAAGCUUGUCACAUUUAACUGUACUGCUAAAAAUGGGGUUGUCUGUUUUGAUGAAAACAGCCAACGCCAGGAAUAUUUCACCAUCAGUAUGGCUUGUCAGUUUUGCUGGCAGCUUCCCCCUUCAGAUUAUGUGUGUAAUCUUUCCAGCAGCUGCAAAACCAUCUCCUGCCCCAGGCAACGCUACAACACAACUUGUACAGUUCUGGAUCAUGUGCAUUGCUUAGGUAAUCGGACAUUUCCAAAGAUGCUUUAUUGCAAUUGGACAGGAGGAUACAAGUGGUCAACUGCUCUGGCUUUAAGCAUUACCCUUGGUGGCUUUGGGGCAGAUCGUUUUUAUUUGGGACAGUGGCGAGAAGGACUUGGAAAGCUCUUCAGUUUUGGCGGCCUAGGAAUCUGGACUCUUAUUGAUGUCUUCUUAAUCAGUGUUGGAUAUGUUGGUCCUGCAGAUGGUUCCCUUUAUAUAUAAAUUUGUAUUUGCUGCUAAUAAGCAUGGAAUGCCACCAUUCAGAACACUAGCGGUUAUGGCACACAGGAUUUUUUGAUUGCUUAAAGUACAAUUAAGGUCCCCAUCCGCAGCAGUUUUCCAUUCUGAUGACUAAGAAACAGCUAUUCCGUGGCACAUGCCAUUUCCACAUGGAUAACUGUCAUCAUUCCCUUGAGCCAUUCCCAUUUAAUAGGAAUACAUGGCAGCCAUUGUCUAUUUAAAAUGGCACUGGGAUGCUGUCUGACAUGGGCAUUCUUAUUGCUACGGCCCUUCCUAUGGCAAUCGAAAACUUUGUGUUCCAUUAACUUCUUUUUUUGUUCUGCUUGUGUAUUUUUAUUGUAUGGUAUCUGUACUGCAUCUGCCUUUUCAUUAAGGUAUACUAAAAUGUCUCCCCCCCCCCCUUAUUCACUUUAUAUCUUUAGGUUUGCAUUAUUUCAGACCUUUUUUUUCUGUGAAAAAUAAGCUACUAUAUAAUUUUACUAAUUUAAUAAAUAGUUUAGUUGAUUCGUACUUGAAACUGGUAGCCCAGAGUGAUUAAGAGAGAGAGGAAUUUGUCAACAUUCACACGUUUCAGAACUCAUAAAAAUUUAUUUCCAGAGAGAGAGGAAUUUGUCAACAUUCACACACAUUAGAACUGCUAAAAAAGGUAUUUCCAACCAAGCUAUUUAAUCAGAUUCUCUAAUAGUUCUUCUUUCCUUAAAGGGUGAAAAAAACAUACACUAAUAUCCUAUAUUUUGCAAUGAAAAUAUUAAGAAGUUGAAUGACAUUGUUUCAUGUCUGGAUUCUGAUGUAUUUUUAUUUGAUGCCUCCACUAUUAACCUCUUCUUCUGCAUACCCCGUAAACCUGAAGUAUUUGAAAAUCCUUGGAGGAUACAAAGAAUGCAUGGGUUAGCUAUUGAAGCAUGCUGUUGCAUAAUUUGGGGGAUGUCUUGGCAUUAUUUAUUGCACUGGGAUUUGGAAGUAUUCACAGCUGCAAGGGGGUUGCUCUUGUAUUAAA